ACAUAAGUGUACGAACACUUUGAGCAGAAUGUGCUUAAGGUAGUGUGUUAUGGGCACGAUGAGAGAAAAGGAAAGACAAGCUAUGGUGACUGUGUUCAUCCUUGCAAUGCAAGGAAGGGUUGCGAAUACAUGGCCAAUAAAUAUGACGGCAAUAGGUACGAUACAACCAUCAAGAUUCCCUACAAUCUGCCGGAGGGUGUGUACGUUCUCCAAUACAUGAGUGCUAUGAGUGCUCACAAGACUUUCUAUUACUCCUGUGCUAGAAUCAAGAUUUCAGGGGGAAAGCCGGCUCUGCCUUGCAAAAGAACCGGUUUGGCUCCAGUAGCAUACGGCUGUAUGAAAGGUAUGGCAGUACCUCUUUCUAAAUAUGAGAAGGACACGAAGAUGGGUAAUUUCUGUUUCUCGACAUCUGGACUUGGGGACCAGGACGCUGAUAUAAGGAAAGUGCCAGUAAACGCAGACUGUGAUCCUAGAAUCACGUGUCAGUUGAGUGUCCAGUAUAAGAGAUGUAUGGAAGCAGACAAUAAAAUGAAGGACAUUACAAACGCAUCAGAUCCUAAACAAGUCUGUUCUGGGGAUGUAAGGCCCCCACCGGAACCCACGUGUAACGAUGGCAAAAGGAACAAUGGUGAGCAGAUGGUGGACUGUGGAGGUCCCAACUGUGACGCCUGCUACGAGGAACCCACCGAGCCAGUGGAUGAGAGGAUCUACUCAGAUCUGAAGUACAAAGAGAAGGUUCUAUUAGAGCGAGGGAUGAUGGAGGUGCGGGCAUCUCUAGUUGUUAAGAAGGCUGCAAACGACUGGCGAUUUGCCAUUUUCCUGGAUAAACCAGUAAAAUGGACUCAUUUUUGGAACUGCAAGCUCAUCAGUGUCAACAAGUAUAACACAAUCUGGACAUUUGGUCCCAUGCCAUGGACCAAGAAAGUUAAACCAGGACAGAAAAUAAACCUUGGAUUUAACGGCAGGUUCGAAUCUGACGGAGAGGCUCCACAAACCGUGACCAAAUCUUUCGUCGAAUACAAGCCCGAUGAAUUGGAGUAACAUAAAGGCGUUGAAGAACUGUACAUUUUAUGUUUUUCUUCGUUAAUGACGUCGGUAUCGCCAUCAUAUCAGUUAAUUUGCAGUUUUUUAAAAAUUUCGUGCGAAAUGAAUAUCAUUGGUUGUAAUGAAGUAUAAUACUAUGUAUAAUGCCACCUGAAAAUUCUAUCCAUUCAAAUGA